AUGCCUAUCGAGUCAACCAGAGCGGCGAAUAUUGUGAAGGAAAACGCCACCGAAGCAGCUCGCGCCUUGUUACAGUUUGCGGAACAAAAGUACGGGCUUACGGAAGUUUUUGCAUUCGUUCAUUUCAAUGGCUGUAUCGGGGCUGCUCGAGCACUACUCGACAAGCUUGGCCUGCAAGAUAAGGGGGUGGGAAGACGGUACGGACUUGCUGGUGUUAUUUAUGCAACAAGUAUGAUGAACAAGGAGAUAUUUAUGGCACAAGGCUCUCCCAUCCAAUAUGAUGAAAACCUAAUGGACCUUGCUGCAUGA